AUGGCCUCAAACGACUUCCCGGCCUCUGAGAAGCCCGAGGCCUUAAAUUCCAAAGAUUCUUCAAUCAAAGACGAAGCCGGUCUACAGAAAGGGAAGAACGAACGAGAGCGUGGUGCCGAUGCCCACGCCGAACAUGCCUCCAACUCCGACGCAAACAGUCACUCCGACUCGCCCAAACUACGUACUGGCGGUAAACCCGAACUCACAGAAGAUGACUGCUACGAUAAACUUGGCUUCUGCUUCCCAUUCUGGAAAAAAUGGUCUAUCCUCAGCGUCAUCUUCGUCGUUCAGAUGUCCAUGAACUUCAACACUGGUGUCUAUGCCAACGCCGUGACGGGCAUGACGGAGGAAUUCCAUAUCAGCGAGCAAGCAGCCCGAGUCGGUCAGUGUGUUUUUCUCGUUGCAUACGCCUUCGGAUGUGAGCUGUGGGCGCCAUGGAGCGAGGAGUUCGGCCGCUGGCCCAUCAUGCAGCUCUCCCUCUUCUUGGUGAACAUCUGGCAAAUCCCCUGUGCCCUCGCACCCAACUUCGGCACCAUCGUCGUGUGUCGUAUCCUUGGUGGCCUCAGUUCAGCCGGAGGCUCUGUCACCCUCGGCAUGACAGCUGAUAUGUGGGAAGCCGACGACCAAGGCUUCGCUGUAGCCUUCGUGGUGCUCUCCUCCGUCGGCGGCUCGACAGUAGGCCCAUUUUUCGGCGGCUUCAUCGGUGAAUGGCUCUCCUGGCACUGGGUCUUCUGGAUCCAGUUAAUAGUCGGAGCCGUAACGCAAAUAAUGCACUUCUUCAUCGUGCCCGAAACACGCGCAACAAUCUUAAUCGACCGCGAAGCCAAACGCCGCCGCAAAGCAGGCGAAAACAUCUGGGGGCCAGACGAAUUAAAAACCCCUCGUCUAGACCUCCACGACGUCCUCCGCAUCUGGAUCCGACCCUUCGAAAUGUUCCUCCGCGAACCAAUCGUCCUCUUCCUCUCCCUCCUCUCCGGUUUCUCAGACGCCCUAAUCUUCGUCUUCACCGAAUCCUUCACCCUAGUCUUCGAGCAAUGGAACUUCUCAACCCUAGCAGUAGGCCUAACCUUCGGCUCAAUCCUAAUCGGCUACCUAAUAGCCUACAUAAUCUUCCUGCCUGACGUCUACCGCCAAAUGAAAAUCCGCCGCGAAAACGGCGCAGCAAGCCGCCUCGCCGAACGCCGUCUCCUCCUGCUGCUCUUCAUAGCUCCCCUCGAACCAAUCGGCCUCCUAGGCUUCGCCUGGACAUCAAUGGGUCCACCCAUCCCCUGGGUCGCACCCUGCAUCUUCGCCUGCCUAAUCGCAAUGGCAAACUACGCCAUAUACAUGGCAACAAUCGACUACAUGGUCGCAGCCUACGGGCCAUACUCAGCAUCAGCAACAGGCGGCAAUGGUUUCGCGCGGGAUUUCCUAGCGGGUAUUGCCACUAUGUAUUCGACGCCCAUGUACCAGAAUAUAGGGAGCAAGUAUCACCUCCAGUGGGCGAGUACGUUGCUGGGAUGUGUUGGGUUCUUGGUGUUGAUUCCGAUUUAUGUCUUCUAUUGGAAGGGUCCUACUAUUCGGGCUAAGAGUAAGUUUGCGCAGCAGCUUGCUGCUGAUCGUGAGAGGCAUUCUGAGUCGAGGAGGGUUAGUUAUACGCGUGGGUCUCUUGGUGCGUGA